UUCCCCGCCGUAACCAGGAAGUGACUCCUGUUGUUUCACACGGCUCAUCGUUUUCCAAUGUUAGCGUUACGAAGUGCGUCAAAAUGACUGAAAUGCUGAACGGUUCGGACUUCGGAGGAAUUUCAGUGCAUAAUUUCUCCGAGAAGAUUCUGGAGCAGGUCGUCCACUUCCACGUGAUGAAGUUGAACGGAGGUUUUUUCCUUUGGGUCGGUUCGGCUCCGGCUCUAUCCAACCUAGCGGUUUCAAUGAGCAGCAAAUAUGACUCGAUGCCGUUAUCAACAUUGGUGUUGGGAGAUCCGUCUAAUACUGCAGCAAACUCUUUGGCACAGAGGCUAGCAAAGAGGACCAAAAAGCAAGUUUUUGUGAGUUACAGUCUUCCGAUGACAGACUCCAGCCUGAGUUUGUUGGUGGAAAACCGGAUCAAAAAGGAGCUGGAGCUUCACCCUGAGAACUUUUAGAAGCACACCACCCCUUUAAGACAUUUACUUUCCUUACAUCAACACCUGCUUAUUCUUCUCAUUGUCCUGCAACCAAACUCAAAAAAACAGAACAGACACACAAGUAAUCACAUCCACUGUUCUUUUAUUGACAUAAUAAAUUAAGUGGUUUAUUAUCAAAACAUGUAGGCCUAUGGCUUUUUAUACAAAUGCAUCUUAUUAAAAAAAUAACACUUAGAAAACAGCAUUAGAGACUGAGUUUUUUUUUGUUUGUUUGUUUUGUUUUUCAUUGCUUUACCUGUUAAACAUACAAACCAGUAAACCCAUACAACACUAA